GGGUUGCCACCCGAUCUGUCAUCAUCCUUUGUACACCCUGUGAAAAGGGAAGUUGAAACAAGUGGGAGAAGGAUAUUACAAAGCUUUAUGACACCUAACGUAGCAGAAGCUAGUUAGGUACUGUUCCACACACUGAAGUGCCACAAAUGUUGUUUUGGAUACACCGUUCACACUGGUAGUUUCUACUCUUGAGUUGGUGUUUUCCAUAAUCCUUCACAGUACAUCACCAUCCAGGCGAGGAGACCAGAGAUUGUGACAUGGCAAGUAAAGGAGUAUCACGACCCAAUGGGCCAAAUGCAGGCAACAAGAUCUGCCAGUUCAAACUCGUCCUCUUAGGGGAGUCAGCCGUUGGAAAGUCGAGUCUGGUACUUCGUUUCGUCAAAGGACAGUUUCAUGAAUUCCAAGAAAGCACAAUUGGAGCUGCCUUCCUGACUCAGACUGUAUGUUUGGAUGAUACAACAGUCAAGUUUGAAAUCUGGGACACAGCUGGUCAGGAGCGUUACCACAGUUUGGCUCCCAUGUACUACAGAGGUGCCCAGGCGGCUAUUGUGGUCUAUGAUAUAACAAAUGAGGAAUCAUUUGUACGAGCAAAGAACUGGGUUAAAGAACUCCAGAGACAAGCCAGUCCAAAUAUUGUAAUAGCGCUUGCUGGGAACAAGGCUGAUCUCGCAAACAAGAGAGCUUUGGACUUUCAGGAUGCACAAUCAUAUGCAGAUGAUAACAGCUUGCUCUUCAUGGAAACAUCAGCAAAGACCUCUAUGAAUGUGAAUGAGAUAUUCAUGGCAAUUGCAAAGAAACUACCUAAAAACGAGCCUCAAUCUGGUGGAGCCGGCAGCGGGCGGAACCGUGGAGUAGACCUGUCACAGACAACUCAGCCCACCAGCCGCAGCUGCUGCAGCAACUAACCCAGUUGUUCCUGCUGCUGUUCUCCCUUCACACACCCCUUCACGACAACCUCUCCCCUACCUGCUCUACAUCUGGACAUCGGGUUCCUCUGCUUCCUGACGUCAGACGUCUGACCUUCCACCUCACUCCUCAGAAUAGCUAAAGACUCUGUAUAGCUGCAUUUCUAAUACCUUUUUGUUGAUUUUCUUUUCCCACUUUUUUUUUUUUUUUUUUUACUUUUUUAAAAGAAGUGUAUAUCAGUAUAAUGGAUGCAUGUAUCACUACAACCACACAUUUUUACCUUUUAUUCAUUUGGAAGAUUAACCCCUGUAAAACAAAGAUGAGCAAGCGAGAAAUCUUGACUGUAUGAUUGUGUCACGUUUGAACUCAUUGAGUGAUCUGGAGAUGACAAGAUCUAGCGUCACUUGUCUCCUCACAGGGUAUGACUCUUUGUAUGUUGGUCACAAUCAGAACAAACCAAAAUGUUCCCAACUGAAGGUGCCCAGCCUCUUGCAUUGUUUGCGAUGAGGCGUUGAUGUGUUGAAAAGCGCAAAGGAAGGACUCCAUCACAUCUGCUCUUCAAGAGGACGUCUUCAUCCUAGGCAGAAGAGUAACUGGAUCUGUGGACUGUUUGUGUUUUGUAAAGAAAGAAAAAUGCAUAGUGUUUGAGAAUUUUAAAGAAACCCCAACUCAAAUCUCAUUUCAUCUUGCUACUCAAUAGAGGCAGCCACUCUCAUUUAAAAACAGGCAGAAAUGUGACAUUGCCCAGACUUUUAAAGUGAUAUACACUAAUCGGCCAUAACAUUGUGACCGCUGACAGGUGCAGUGAAUAACAUUGACUGUUUCUUUCCAGUGGCACCUGUCAGCGGGUGGGAUAUAUCAUGCUGCAAGUUCAUGUUUUGUCCAUGACAUUGGUGUUGGAAGCAGGAAAAAUAGGAACACAUGAAGAUUUGCGUGACUUUGACAAGGACCAAAUUGUGAUGACAGGGCCGGGGUAGCGACUGAUGUUUUCAGUCUGUAGGCCUCAUUUGUUCAUUCAUUUUUGAUACCCAUUAAUUACAAUGAAGGGGGGCCCUGGAACUUAUCCCAGGUCAUAGGGCAAGAGGCAGAGAACACCCUGGACAGGUUGCCAGUCUAUCACAGGGCCUGCAGUGGGUUAGUACCUACCAAAAGGUGUGUGUGUGUGUGCGUGUGUGUAUAUAUAUAUGGAUAAAUAAGCUGUAGAUAAUUUUUCUGUGAUCCUGACAGGGAUGAGAGAAUGGUUUCAUCAGCCAAGUUCUGAGAGCAAAUGUGUCAUCAGCUAUAAAAUAUGGUACAGGCUUUAUUUUAUGUAGCAUGACAUCAAGUGGGACAUAUUGGCAUGACGAAUUGCGUGGCAGUGCGGUGAUCAAAUUUUGGCUUUAGACAGGUGGUCUCAAUGUUAUGGCUGAGCAGUGUAGGGCCCUGUCAUUUUUACCAGAUGUCAUAUUUGACAACGCUCCACAGCAUGGAGCUUUGGAGCAUGUGGGAACCACUGCAGCAUGUUUUAGCGGGAACAGGAUCAGGAAGUAGCAUUCCCAACACCAGGCAGACGUGACUAGGCUUUUUAAAAGUCAGUAAUUUCACAACAAAUGCCCUAGCCUGGCUGCUCACGAAGACCAUCACAGAAUCCUCUGUUCAAUUUUGAUAAAAUGAUCAGUGAUGUGUUUUGUUUAUUGUUAAGGUUUUGAAGAGUGCAAUGUACAUAAUGCUACUUGGGAAUUUAUUUUGCAAAGACUAACUUAUGAUGAGCUGUCAUGGCUGUGUGACUUUUUUUCAGGCUGGUAGUCAACCUGUGUCAGAUUGGAUUAUCACAAGGGGAUUCCUGUUUCUAACAGAGUUCAGACAACACAGAAAACUGCACCCGUUGUUGCAGAUCUGUGGGGGGAAAAUUUACUUCAUUGUUAUAGGGUACAAUGUUUAAUAUCUUGUUUCUCUUCAAAUACGGCUUGAAGAGAUGUUAAGAUCAACAAGAAAUGUCAAGAAUUUACGCAACUGUACAGUUCAGUAUACAUCUGCUUUUUAUUUUAUUUUAUUUUUUUGGAUGUAGUCACAAACUGGUCAUAUGUUAAGCAGUGGUCUUUUUUAGGUGUUAACAAAAUUUCUUUCUGGUGUCUUGUUACUUUUUCUCCAAAUGGUUCAUGGUCAUGUUUAAAAAGGAACUUUAAUGCAUUGCACAGUGUUGGUCAUGUUUUAAUGAAUGACUGCCCUCUGAUUUUAUAUGAUGGACUAUAUUGGACUUGCUAACCUACAGCUGGAAGCAGUUAGCAUAAUUAAUUGGUGGUCUCUCUCUCUCUCUCUUACAGCUCAAUGAAUUUUAAUGAUAUUGGACAGCAUUACUAGUGAUGGGCUGAUCAGUUUUGAGUGUCUGAAUACACCUUAAUAAAUCAGAUAAAGUGGU